UCUAUAGAAUCUUCCUUGUAAACAGGUGCCUAUAUUUAACCUCACCAUCAACUGGUAUUAUAAAAGUCUUAGCAUCAAACAACUUCGGUUCACUAUUUAAAACCUAACAUCUAAGCCUCAUUUGCAAUUGUGUUACUUAAUACUGUUCUCGCAUCUCCACGAUGAUAUCUACAAGAGGAAAAGGUUGGGCGAAUUUCUACUUCGCCCACGGCAACUUAAACAACUACCAUGCCUCGAACAAUCCAACCGGACCUGUGAACUUCUUGUUUGCCGAAAACUGGCUUGUGCAUCAAGACUUGAUCGAGUUCAUCAAUACUCAUAACCAAUUCGAUCCGCAACUAUGCGCAUAUGGCGAAGGAUAUACCGGUACGGUACGGCUGCGAGCCGCCAUGGCAAAACACUUGAACGCGCACUUCAAACCAGCCCACAAAAUCGAUCCGGAGGAAAUCACUUUCGCGGCUGGGGUAACGGCUUUGAACGAAGCCAGUGCACUACUCACCUGUAACCCAGAUAACCAGGAGGGUAUCCUGCUUGGCGGGCCUGUCUAUGGAGCCUUCCAUAGAGACUUGACCAUGAGAACUGGCGCAAUUCUAGAGUACGUAGAUGUUGGGGACACAGAACAAUUCUCCCCAGAUUGCGUCGCUGCCUAUGAGGCAGGCUUUGAAGCCGCGAAAACACGCGGCGUUAAUAUCAAAGCGCUGUUCAUCUGUAACCCUCAUAAUCCCACAGGACGAUGUUAUUCUCGUGAGACACUAGGUGGGCUUAUGCGUUUAUGUGCAUCAAAAGGAAUUCAUUUGAUAAGCGAUGAAAUAUACGCCCUCUCGGUCUUCCGUCGAAAUGACGGUCCAUCUGAGGAAUUCACUUCUGUACUGUCCAUCGACCCGAGUGGGAUUAUUGAUCCUGCUCAGGUGCAUGUGCUUUACGGCAUGACGAAAGACUUUGGCGCUGCUGGAAUGCGACUAGGCUGCCUUGUAUCUCGAAACAAGGAAUUCACUAAAGCAGCUCGAGCUAUAUGUUGUUUCUCCUCGCCCUCCCAAUUUUCAAUGGACCUCGCCGCCAAGUUUCUCGAUGAUCAAGCGUAUGUGACGAAAUUCCUCGAGAAGUCGCAAAAGUUAUUACUUCAGAAUCGCUUGAUAGCCGAAGACCUCCUUAAUCAGGCAGGUGUCGGUUUUCAUAAGAAGGGGAAUGCCGGUCUUUUUAUAUGGCUUGACUUAACCCCCUUCUUACCACUAGGGGAGACUAAUGGGGAUGGAUGGGAAGCUGAAAAAUUACUUUCUCAACGUUUUGAGAAGGCAGGCGUUACAAUGUCAACAGGGGGGCAGUACCACGCUCCGAAGCCUGGUAGAUUCCGCCUCGUGUAUUCCUUCCCAGAGGAUGCUCUUCGAGAAGGCAUUAGGAGGAUAUUGCUUGUCCUAAAGCAAUAAUAUGAUUGUUCGCUGUCAACGGCCUCCGUCUCGGGCUUUGUUACACUAAGGGUAAGGAAAUAUAGGUGCUAAAAGAAACCAAACCCAUUGUGGUCAAGUACAAUGCUCUUGUCUACCUGGACAGGCCUCUACAAUUAGUGAUAUAAAUACGUUGAUUCUAUCAGGGUGCUAUUAAACGAACAUAUUCUGCAAGAUAAUCUAC